GCCUGGUGGGAGGAGUUCGUUCUCCGUCGCGGCUCGCCUACCUCACUCGCUCGCCGCCCCUGGCCCGGUGUCAGUCGACAGACCGUGUUUACUUACUUGAAUGACUGGACGAACUCUUUUCUUUCUCACUUUUUUUGCUUCUUGACGAUGAAAGACUUUCGGAGUUGUGUGCUGUUUUUGAAGGAGGAAAAGUAAUUUCGAUAAUGUGAAGGAAACUCUUCUUUAGAAUUUUAUUCUAACUCUUCUUUCGAACAUUUGGAAAACAGUGCUGAAACGAUGUGCAAGUGUCAGUACUUUGAACUUUAAAAAGUUGUGGAAGUUCCUUUGAAAAAGUGAAAAUACACUUGAAGUUGCUUCACAUUUAUCAAAAGCGGCCCAGGCGGGAGCACGAGUAAGGUGUGUAUUGCUUACUCUGACAGUCACCCGGCAAUAACUUGAAGGGCGUCGAGCUCCUGAAGGCCGGCGUUCGCUGACAGAAAGAGAAUGACCUUGCUUCUCCAUAUGUUGAUUCCUUUUCUUUUUCUUUAGGUUUCUGUUCGACGUAUUCCCAUUAAAACAGUGCCAAAUUUAAGUGCCAAUCGGAAUUUUUUUUAUUAUGAAUACCAGGUAGACGAAGGCGACCAUACGAGAUUAAACAUGGUUAGUUUAGUGGUAUGUUGAUGGUGUUUAAGUGUGAGUGUGAUUUACGCAGUAAUCGUGAUGAAAUAAAGAGAGAGCAACAAAUGAAAUGGAGGAAGAGAACGUUGCCCCAAUCAGCUUGAAAAGUCAAUGUUGUUUUGAAUAAUCACUGUGCUCCUGCGACAGCUGAUAUAACAGGUGUCAUGCAUUUAACCUGCAAACAGUGAAUCGUAGUUGGGAGGAAUACCGAUACAAAGUGAAACUUCAGCCCUCUCGGAAAAUAUAUCAGUGAAGCAAAAGGUAAAUAUUUCGCAAGUGUUGAUAAUGGAUGUUGUUUGAAGAAGACUGUUUCAUGUUCUGUUUCGUUUAGAAGGUGAUUAGGAUUUGCCGUGUCUAUUUUUGUUUAGUUCAGUUUUUAGAUAAACAGUAGCUUUCAUGUUUAUCCCUUUCCAACAAGUUAGAAAAAGAGUCCUUUCCAAUGACAGAUUUCUGGAGUGAUUCUUCCUUUUAUUCGUGGCAAAGAAAAAAUUAAGAGAAAACAGCCCGGAUGCCACGAGAGGAAUUUUUCCUCUCCGUAAUGUCGGGAUAAAAACUUCCUUUUAGAAGGAAACCCAACUAGAAGCUCCAAAGAGCGAAUGAAGUCAGAGAGAUGGUAGAGCAACGUAAGAGUAAUCCAGAGCUUGGAAAAAACCGCACGAUUGCUCAAACUUAACUUUCGGAAAACGCCACAAGCUACCGAAUUUCCUAACUAGGUGACAGGGAAGAAGAAAUUCCGCUGAAAACAAUAAGGUUUAUCAAGCUCCCUUAUUUUUUUCUCUGUCCCUGAAGCGAGAGGGGAAAGAGAGAGAAAAAAUAGGCGUUGCCCCGAGCAAGGGAAAGGCUCGAGCCAGGGCAGGCCCCGGGGGGAGGGCGAGAAAUCGAAGAGAAUGUCUCUUCGAAGACGGGAGUGACUAGGGGGGGUGUUCCUCCUCUGUGACCUGAAGAAGAGAAUCUCAGGUUCUCUCUCUCUCCCUUUUCUCUUUCUCUCUGUCCUCGUUCAUCAUGGACACAUGUCAUAGCGAGGCCAGGUAAACCUUUUGAGUAUGACAGAAGCAGCCCCCCGUCGAAGGAAAUCCCCGAAGCCCUCCCCCGUCGCAGGGCGGAGGGCAGAUGCCAGCACGGGUGACGCUCCUGUAGCAGGCGACGAAGGGGGAUCAGGCACCAGAGGAGUUGUGGAGAGCGCGCCUCCGAGCCCUACCAUGGCGUCCCUCGGGGUCUACUGGCCCGCGCUGAGGGAUCAUCCGCCCCCUGUUCCCCCUCAGCUCCUGAAGAAGCUCGCCUGUAAGGAGACUUCGAGCAUAGGGAAGGUCAAAGUCCUGCUACGAGUGGCGCCAUCUACGGAGAUCAACCAGUCUUCCAAAACGCUGAGCGUCGAUCCCCGUAAAAAGACCGUGACCCUAUUUGACCCUGGGUCAACCAGCCACCCGGCGACGACGCCGACGGAGGAGUCGCGGGUAGGAAUUGCGGCUCCUAAAAUGUUUGCCUUCGAUGGCAUUUACACUCAGGAGCACUCGCAGACGGAGGUGUGUUCAUCAGCUCUCACGGACGUCAUAGUGGCGGUUCUCCGAGGGGCGGAUGGCGCUGUCUUCAGCUUCGGUCAGCCUAACCUAGGUCAGAGUUACACCAUGCUGGGAGGAGGGGAAGGCCCCCACAGCCUAGGAGUCAUACCCUCGGCCGUGUGGUGGCUCUAUAAGGCCCUGGAAGACCACAAGGCAAACACAGGGGCGCGCUUCUCCGUCAGGAUAUCAGCCUUGCAAAUUGCGUCCGGGGAUGUCGUGACGGACUUGUUGGCUCCCUAUGCUCAAGGUGAGCAGUCUCCGGGCGUCUUCCUGAUGGAGGACGGUGGUUCGUCGCUGCUCCUUGCCCACGCUGCAGAAGUGAGAGCGCCCACCGUAGAAAGAGCAGCUCAUCUCUUGGACGCCGCUCUCUCCCACAGACACGUCGACGAGCAGGGACGUCAGGCCCAUUUCGUCUUCACCAUGAAUAUAUAUCAGUAUUCGGUCGAUACGUCUGCCAAAGGAGGAGUUGCCGGAGGUCGCAGCCGUCUUCACCUGAUGGACUUCGGUGCCCUUGAGAAAGGCAAAGGCCCUUCCAGACUAAACCUCUCUGCCCUUGGCAACGUCAUCCUAGCAAUAUUCAACGGGCAGAAACAUUUGCCUUACAAAGAUGGCAAGCUACCCAGGCUUCUGAGGGAGUGCGUUGGCUCCGUCAGGUGUGUGGCAGCCAUGCUGGUUCACGUGUCGCCAGCGGCUUCGUACUACCAGGAGACCCUCGCUACCAUACAACUGGCUUCCAGAGUCCACAGACUCAGAAGGAGAAGAAUCAAGCCCCAUGUCGGAGGGUCAGGAUCUGGGGGAUCCUCAGAGGAGUCCAGGUCAGGUCGUUCGUCCAGAGGCACCAUUACUGACACUGGAGGGUCAUCAUCGGUCGAUCCUUCCUCGUCAGAACAGUCGUGUGAUACCGUGAUCUACGUAGGUCCAGGUGCCGACGACGCCACUGACGGGGAGCACCCUCCAGUCUUUCUUCCCUCAAUCAACUCAGGUGACAAUCGGUGUUCCAUGAAGAAGGCGUUGCGAGGGUCCGCUGUGGACGGCGCGUCUAAUAAGAUCCCGGACUCUCAGAGGACCCAAAAGAAGUCGUCGAAAGCGUCCUCUAGUGCCAAGAGUCCCUCUAAGUCCUCCAAACACUCAUCGAAAGACGGUUCUCAUUCCUCCCCUCACCGGACUAAAGACUCGCACAAAAAUCGUGAUGGUGUUAGUGGUGUUAGCGGUGGUGCGAGUGGUGGUGUGAAUAGUGGUAGUGGUGCUGGGGGUGGUGUUAGUGGUAACAGUAGUUUGCCGAGAACUCCUACGAAAUACACUUCUUCCUCUGGUGCUAAGAUAACUGGUGCUACUCCUAAAUCUCCUAAAUCUCCACACGUCUCCAGACACAGUAGGCAUAAGGUCCCCUCUUCCGCAGCCCAUGGGGACCAGGCUUCUGCCCAAGGUCAGCAAGGGGGCGGCAGCGAAGAACAGUGGAUCGACGGUCCCAGAUUCCACAGAGCUAAAGUUUACGAUGGACAUAAAAUGAAAAGCUACGAACUGGAAACGUGGAUUGACGGACCGGAGGCAACCUAUGGGUAUAUGGACGACCACAAGAAAUCAAUGAUACAGAAAUGGGUCGAAACUCAGAAUGCGCAGGUGCAGCCGAAGACAUCGGAACACUCGCAAAGAAGUCCAAAGCACAAACAAUACAAAGAGCUGACGCAGUUCAAGACGGUGGAGGAGGACGAGACCUCUUCUCCGCGUCUCAAAGAAAAACACAGAGAAAAGCGCAAGAGCAGCGAGUGCAAAGAAAUUCGCAAGGACGGGCAGCACCUGGCGUCUGGGCGCGACAAAGACGCGACGCCCCGCAAGAGACGCAGUUACGGUGAUAAACCUCAUUCUAGUCAACCUGUGACUGACGUCGAAGACAGCAAAACUAAGUAUCAGACUGCGUCUUCGGACGCCAGCAAAACCGAGCUUAAGGUCCAGUUAGCAGACACCACAGGGGCUCCAUCCGUCACGGACUCUCAGGCUGGUAGCCAAAGUGAUGCUGUGUCUGACAGACAUCCGGAAAAGCAGGCUGAAGGGAGCGCAAUGGAGGUUUUGCCACCAGGGGUACCCGACGCCAAUGCCAACAUAACGCCGGCGGUCGUUCAGAGAAUAGCGAGUCAAGACGUUUGCAAUGUGCAGCUGAACCUCACAAGUCAAGAAACUCCGGCGGCUCGCGAUGGGGAAGGGGAUGAGGGGGACGAAAAUGAAGAGGAGGAAGUUCUUCAGGUCAUCUAUGUCGAAAGAGAGUCCAAAAGAGGGAGUCUGCAACACACGGCUUCUCAAGAAACGGAGGAAGACGAGAAGAAGACGGACGGCAGAUCGUCCUCAGAGGACACGACGACAGGCGAAGGCGACAACAUCGAGGAAGACAUCUCUCAGGCGUCGUCCUCGGAGGGUACUUCUGAGAGUUUGGUCGAGGAGGUGGUGAUCGAUGGGCGAGCGGCCAAGUUCUUCCUGCGAGAGGUACGAGACCUUGAUGAGGACGAGGAGGAACUCGAAGCUGCCCUAGACCGAUGGCUGGCCGAAGAAGACCGGGAAUAUAUUGAGGUGGAGGAACCAGAGGAACCGGUCGAAAUGAUCGACUCAUGGUGUCAGGUGACUGAGGAGGACAUCGAGAGAACCUUGGCCGAGGCAGGCGUCCACUUCAUGCCCUUUCUUCCUCACCGCCACCUGCUGCCUACCCUGCAGGAGGAACCCGCUGAAACUACGGACCAUCCCGACGUGCACCUCAAUGAAGGGAUUCCUCUGAGGACUCCGGCGGAAGUGACGGCAGAGGACCCUCACCACGCCCUCGAGAUCUCGGGGGAACUCGUCGGAGGUCCUCCGAAUUUUCUCGAAGAAAAGGAAGGAGAUCCAGUUGAAGAAUUCAAAGGAAGCUCACGUUAUCAGCAGAUGAUAAAGGACCCAAAUUUUACCGCCAAAACCCACUACUUCGCCAAGAGGUUGGAAGAACUACAACAACUUCAUGAAUUCUAUAGGAAUUUAGCCAAACAAGCACCGAGGGGAAGAAACUCCCUCCAUUCCCCGUCAGCACCACAAGAACAACAAGAACUGAGCGAAGACGACUCUAGCAUUUCCGAAGGAGGAGAGGAACCAGAGCCCAAGGUUUUGCCACAACCUUUUUUUAGCCAAGAAGGUGCCAUUACUAGUCUGAAGUUAGGAAGUGAGUACGAAUUUAACUGGAAGUCCCUCUUGCCGGAGGAGAUUGACGUUCAAAGUGAGGCGAACGAAGAAAAGACUGAAGGUGAAGACACGGCGUCUGAGGUCUCAAAAGACGUCAAUGAUCCUCUCUACGAUAUCCAGAGUGACAUCAUGCCUUACUUACCAAGUAAUUAUGUCAGUCUGACAACCUUAUCAGCACUCAGACAGCCAGAUGGCGCUUCGAAUCCAAACCUCAAUGGAGAGCUGUCACAUGCCGAACCAAAAGCAGUGGUAGCUCCUCCAGAGGAGGGAGCGACUACUCUGGCAGCGACAGCUUUACAGGAAAGGUUACCGGGAAACGGCGCCUCCUUAUCCGACGACGAGAGCAAUGUAAAACAGGUCAAAGUGAAAAAGGAGAAGAGAAAGAAAAAGUUGGGGCUGCUGUCGAAGUCGAGCAAAAAUUGUUCCUACAAAGAAGAGGCUGAUGCCGACGAAACCUCGACCUCGAGCAAACUCAGUUGGAGUCGUUUUUUUGGAAGUCCAAAACACAAAAGCUCUGCCAAGGACGCUUCCAAGAAGAGUGGCAAAUCCGCUUCCAAAUCCAACAGCAAGUCGCCGACGUCUUCGAAUAAGAAUUCCGAGAGAAGCGACAAGAAGUCCCAGAGGGAGAAGGAGAGAUCGAAGGACUCUAAAAACAACAAAGAAGGGAAAGUAGGAUAUCCCCAGGAGACGCACACCGGCCUCGAUCCCAGCAAACAAGCGGACAAUAAGGCGGCUAAGUCCUUUCAAAAACUGGAUUCAGAGCGGUCAAAUGGCAGUCUCAAGAACAAAUCCCCUGCCAGAAAGAGCUCCGAAGGAAGAAGCAGUAGAAGUGGCAGAAGAGAGAGUAGAGAACAAACACAACAGUGCCAACAGCCCCUCCAGCAACAACAGCAGCAGCAGCAGCAACAACAACAACAGCAGCAACAACAACAGGCGCAAAGAUAUCAGGGAUUCCACUGGGACUCGCCCCUUCCUCCAUUCCUCCCGGUAUCCACCGCUUCAAUACACCCGGGAUACGACUCAGGGGCGGACUCGGGGGUGGGGCUCAAGGUGAUUCCCCGUGCUCGUAGAUCGAGGGGCGAGAGCCGCCACGGGGAGAGUUCGGGAUAUGAAUCAGUCAUCAGGGACUCUGAAUGCUCUUCCUUCGGGUCCUCGCAGGAUUCUGGUCUAGAUGAUGAUGGCCUGAAAGGAAAGACCGGAGGAGGUAAAGGUAGUGAAAACCUAAGUGGAGACAAAAGUAAAGAGAAGAAGCAGCAACACGCCAAGAUCUCCGAGCUCAGAGCGAAGGAUUCCCAACAACAACAGCAGCAGAUUUACUCUUCGAUAACCACUUCUCCUCACUCUAAGACCCUGACGACAGGACCAGCUUCCGGAACGCCCUUAAUGUCCCAAAUCAAGCCCAAAUCUCCCCCGUCAGCUCACGGAGGUUCACAUCCCGGAGGGCGGAGCCACUCGUCCUCGAAGAUGAACGUCGACGAGUUCGACGAGGAGGACGUGGCCAGAUACGAGAGCCACAAGACGGAGGAGGACAUCGCCAAGUGCCGCAGGACGCAAGAGAAGAUCCGAGCCCUCCGAGAGAAGCAGGACCAGCUGAAGCGCGAGCUGGAGGCGGCGAAGGGAAGACUCAACAUCGACAAGUCCAGGUGGAGCUUCGAGUUACACGUUGAGGAAUGCAUGACCUGGCGAGAUGAUGGCUAUGUUGAAGCUCUCCAGCAGGAGACCAUAAUUUUGGCGAAGAGAGUCAUGGCGGCCAGGAGCAGACUACUGUACUCGACGUGCUUUGACGCAGCUGCAGCCCUCCAGGACAAGGGUUAUUCUGAAGGAGGAGGCGCUGCAGCCAUUGACCCCGAGCUGUUUGUCAUUUGCGAGGACGCCCUACUGGAGGAGAACGAGACCAAAGAACCGGCUCCUUUGGUCAGAGAAGAGAGUCCCUCGCCCGAGAGGGCCAGCUGCUCUUUCCUUCUUGGACUGAGCGAGAGAGCAUACUCCCGCCAAGACGCCCAAGACAGAGGGGCAGGAAAUGCCCAUCCGAGAUCAGGCAUUUACAGGGGACACUCUGAAUCGUCACUGGUCGUUGAUCCUGAUGGCACUAGGGCGUUAAGACCCUCAAAAAGUAAAGGACAGAAAACGACAGAAGAAACCCGGGUAUCAAAGAGCAGCAGCGUCGAAGAUUUCGAUAUUGAGGACUGGAAGAAGCUGAAGGAGUCAUUUAUUCUCUGACUAAAGAUUGUGUUUUGGGACCUCUGUCGCCCUGAGGCUUCUAUUCUCAAUGGUGAUGCCUUUAUAGGCUUCACAGUUUUGAAUAUUUGUAUAUAGUCUCCGUGUACAUAUUUUUUUCUUCAACCGUCUGACAGACGCUUCCCCUGCGACUUUGUCAUCAGCAAAGUUCAUGUACUGACAAAGAAUAACUUCUUACUCAAUUCCAUUCUCUGGGAUUAUCCAUUAUCAUCACGAGCCAAUCUGGCUCCUCUCAAGCCUCAAGAGAUGUAGAUGAACUAGCUGUCCACGCUCCAGUUUGUACAUUAUAAAGAAAGACUAUGCUUGGAGUGAAUACGAGAACUUAGUUUAUCCCGUUUUCUGUAUAUGUGUAUAAUUUGUAUAAUACAAUGACUUCUUUUCCCCUCUAAAUAGUUAGGAUUGUAUAUCCUAUUCUUUCAAAACUGCAAAAGCCAAAAUAUAAUUACGACUGUUGUGUACAUAAAAGAAACGCCGAAUGUGAUGUGUCAAAAAAACAAAUGAAGCGUGGGAGAUGGUAUUUAUACGAAGUAACAGCAGUAUUGUUUCUAACCAAAGAAAUUACGAGUAUUGCUUCUCGCCAAAGAGGAUAAAAGAGAAACACUUUAGAGUAAGAAGAUAUGUUAAGCGUUCGUGUGGACCUUAAACUUGAAGAGAGCAGAGAGAAAGAGGGAGAAAGACGUGGAAAACUUUCCGCAGAAAGCUAUGGGCUGAAUGACGGACGAUCUUUGGACAACUUUUUGUAUAAAAGUGAAUUAUGUGAUCUUAUUUCUUUUGAAUGUUGGUGUCUCUCCAUAUAGUGUCUUAUACUCUGACAGACCUUUCAAAUGGUGUUAACAUUCUAGUCUAAGCGUUGGUUGCUGAAUUAGAUGUAUAAAUAAUAAUCUAAAAAAAAAACUGGCAAAUAAUAAAAAAAAAAAUAGAAAAAAAAUCCUGCUGAAUGUGCGGUUCUUCAGUUUGUUGUGUAAAAUAAGGGUAACAUGAGCAAGAGAUAUACUAGACCAUACAAGUAGAUUUUCGUUUUAUUAUUUAUGCAAACAAAUGAUUGUCGUUAAUAAAGGAUUCAGUGUUUCGAUAGUUAUUUUCAAGUCGCGAGAAAAAUAUGUAAAAAUAAUAAAUCAGAAAUCUUAUUCAUUCAUCAAUCAUUCUCACAAUCCUCAUUAUUGUCACCGUUUUCAUAAUCAUCAACAUCACCAUCAUUAGACAUAGCGACAGUGUAUAGUUUUUAUUCUAGGUAUUUUUUCUUGUUAUUUCUUUAUUGCUUCAUGACAAUAUAUAAACAUCAACUAAUCAAUCAGUCUAUUUCGUCCAAGAAGAAUGAUUUGAAUGAUUAAGUUAAUAUAUAUAUAUAUAUAUAUAUAUAUAUAU